AGAAAAAAACAGCAAGGGAGGGAGCAGUUCACCCAUCUAGCUGACAGAUACAAAGAGAAAGAGAAAAGAGGCAAGGGCAAUGCUGAGGUUAUGGACCCUGUUGGUUGCUGUGUUGAUGUUUCUCCUGAUCCUCCACUUCCUGAAACUGUCGCAAUCGUGCAAGGCCUACCCUCCUGGGCCUCUUCGGCUUCCUUUCAUUGGAAACGUUUGGAAAAUAGGAUCAACGUUUUCUCAAGAUAUGUUGAUUAAGCUUGCAAAACAAUACGGAAACAUUUACAGUCUGUGGCUCGGAUCUAUGCCUGUGGUUGUAGUGUCUGGAUUUGAAGGAGUGAAAGAGGUGUUGAUCAAACAUUCAGAAGACUUUGUCGACCGCCCAGUUUCCCCUGUCAUUACCCUUUUGGUAAAAAAUAAGGGUAUUAUACUGUCAAACGGCCACAACUGGAAGCAACAGAGGAAGUUCGGGCUGGUCACCAUGCGGAAACUGGGACUGGGGAAGAAAGGCGUGGAGCACCAAAUACAAGAGGAGGCCCAUGAGCUUGUUGAAAUUUUGGCACGUGCAAAAGGGCAGCCGCUCGACCCUUCCUUGCACAUCAAAAACUCAGUCUCCAACGUGGUCUCUGCUUUGGCUUUUGGGCACCGUUUCUCUGUCGACGAUAAAGAAUUCAUCAUGCUGAUUGACAUCAUUGACAAGUUAAUAAACUAUCCGGGCACCUUCUUUAAUUAUUUGGCUGAAAUCUUCCCUCAGGUCAUGCAAUAUCUCCCGGGGCCUCACAAGAAGAUGUUAGCAAAUGCAGAGAUUGCACGGUCAUUUGCAAGGAAGGAGAUAGAAAAACAUAAGGAGUAUCAGGCCAUGCAUGACCCUCAAGAUUUCAUUGAUUUCUAUCUGCUUCAGAUGGAGAAAAGUAAGAAUGACCUCAGCUCUACAUACAAUGAAGAAAACCUGGCUCAGGAUAUUUUUGACUUUUUCAUUGCAGGAACAGAAACUAGCGCCACUGCCUUACAGUGGGCAUUGCUCCUCAUGGCAAAUCAUCCAGACAUUCAACAGAAAGUUCAAAAGGAGAUGGACGAUGUCUUCGGUUCCUCUCAUUUACUCAGCUAUCAGGAUCGAAAAAGAUUGCCUUAUACCAGCGCUGUGAUUCACGAGACCUUGCGUGCCCACUAUGUCUUGUUAGCUGGGAUCCACCGACAAAGUGUGAAGGAUGUGAACAUAUUUGGCUUACUUAUCCCUAAGGGGACGGCUGUCGUUCCAGAUCUCCGCUCUGUUCUUCUUGACCCUAAGCAAUGGGAGACACCUCAGAAAUUCAACCCAAAUCAUUUUUUGGACAAGGAUGGGAAUUUUGUGGAAAGAGAAGCGUUUCUUCCAUUCGGUGCAGGAGCCCGUGUGUGCCUGGGAAAAGAGCUGGCAAAUAUCGAGCUCUUCAUCUUCUUUACCAGCCUGCUGAGGGCGUUGACUUUUCAGCUGCAAGAAGGAGUGAAAGAACUCAGCAAGGAACCUAUUGUAGCGACAUCAGUUCGCCCCCGUCCAUAUAAACUAUGCGCCAUUCCCCGCUGCCAUGCAUAAUAAACUGUACACUGCAA